AUGGAAACAUUGGAGGACACCACUGAGGGCCUUUGGUCUUUCUCAGACCACAGCGACCGGCACCGUCAAAACGUCGAAGCCACGCAUCCAGAGACGUGUCAAUGGAUAUUCGGCAGCCCGACCUACGGUGAAUGGGAACAGGACGAAGGCAGGGCUCUUUUUAUUACCGGUCCUCCGGGCAUAGGAAAGUCAAUCCUAGCGUCUGCAGUCAUCGAAGAGCUCCGUGGGCUGAGAUCAGUCGCGUACUUCUUUUGCGACCGGUUCCCCGCUGCGACAGCUGAUUCCUUUUACAAAUGCAUCCUAGCACAGCUUGCGGGGGAUAUUGGCGCCAGUACAGACGUUCUGUCCCAACUACACCCUUUGGCCAAAGAGGCUGGUGAGAGUGUUCUUGACGAGGGCCAAAGGCGAUUUGCCUUAGAUCUAGUGAGACGCAAAAAUGACUACCAGAAAAGUCCCUGUUUGAUCAUUGAUGGGAUACAUGAGUUGAGAGACGAUAGGUUGCUACAUCUAAUCUCGGCGGUUCGAAUGCUGCAAGACGAAUACGACUUCAACAUCUUGAUAACUUCAAGAUGCGUGUUUCCGCAGCUGGAGGUCCUCGAUUCCGCCGGCACCGUGGAGAUAACCAGUAAAGACACUGAUGAUGACUUGACACGAUACAUCAAGCAUCGUCUUGAAGACAAUGAAGAGCUGUGGCACAGAUCGGCAGAAUUUGUGCCCUCUAUCAUAGAGGGUGCAGAGGGAAUAUUCUUGUUCGCAACACAGAUCGUGGACUGCGUGCUAGAAACAUCCAAUACCUCAGACGCCAGAAGCCCCGGCGCGUGGAAGACUUUGGGCAGCAACCUCAACACCCUCUUUGACAGGCUUCUAGACAGCAUCUUGAGUGGACCGGAUGCCAGCACUGUUUCGUGCGCAUUCAACUGGCUGGUCUACACAGAAAGGCCACUCUCCAUGCGAGAGCUUCAACAUGCGUUGGCCGCCAAUGCUACAAGACAUCUCUGGAACACGAAAGAGCCUCUCCACCAGGCCGUCGAGCCUCUGUAUCACACCGUCAAUCCCAAGACGAUCUUAUCGGCUCUGAGAGGACUUGUACAGGUCGACAAAGGCACGGGAGUCGUUCGCUUCUUUCACUCGGCGGCGGGAGAGUACUUUCGACAGCACGCUGAGCGAUUACCGAACGCGCAAGAGAUGAUCACCGAGGCUUGCGUCAGAAUACUGGCAUUUGCAUGCCUUCCAUCUCCGAGCGAGGCCAACUGGGUUAUCGAAGACUCUACGAAUGAACCCAAAAGACCAUCCUCAAAGUCAUCCCACGACGAAGCGGAGUCAACCGAGCCGACCUCCGAGAAGACGCCAUCCCGCAGCCCCUGGCUCCCUCGCAUGAUGGACAAGUUGUACCACCCAUCUCAGUCCUACGCUCACUCCUACCAGCCGCAGCACAACCGGUUCCAAGUCAAGUUACAGAUGCCGGCCAACCAGGGUUUCUUCAGAUCGGACAAGGAAUACGAGGAGAAGCUGCAUCUGCAGCCGCUUCUCCAAUAUGCCGCGUGCAACUGGGGCUACCACGCUCGGUCUUGCGCAAUGGACGACAACAUCAUGGACCUCUUGCAAGACAGGGUCAGGCUUGAUGGUAUUUGCCAGACGCUCACAUAUGAACACAGCGGCUACAACCCAAAGUUCCCCAGAGACGUGACUGGACUUCACCUGGCAGCGUAUUUCGGACUCAAGGACGCAGCGAUGCGUCUUUUAGAUCUCGGAGUCCCUGCGAGCUCGAGAGAUAGCUAUGGCGAGACACCUCUGUGGUGGGCUGCAAAGCAUUACCAGGAAGAAGUCGCGCGGCUGCUCAGUGAAAAGGACAAGGUCACCCUCCACCUCCUCAUCCGCGCGAAGCAGACUUCUCUGGUUGAGUUCCUGCUCGAUGUCGGGUACAACGUCAACACGACCGACAUCGAGAAGUGGACGCCUCUGCACGCUGCGACCAAAGAAAAGGAUGUCGAGAUGGCAGAGCGGCUAAUCCAAGCCGGGGCUGAUGUCAACGCCACGGAUGUCAACGGGACGAGGCCGCUCGGUCUGGCCAUGGAGAUGCGCAACUUUGAGCUCAUACACAUGCUGGUGGCCAACCAGGCCGACACCAAAGACCUUGACCUGGCGAAGAUCCGAGCCGUGUUUAUGCUCCAGGCCAGCGACUCUCUUGAGAUAUACGAGGACAAGCAUCAAGGCACGAAGAUUAUGAGACAGAUUCCGAGGGAGUUCUCGUGGACGUCGGAUAUGCAAAAUGACACUGGACGCUACUCCAUGAACCUCUCAAAGUUGACAAAGAAAAUACCUGGUCUUGAGGAGCUGGGGCUUACUCACCUAUUGGACUUCAAGAGAGAGCAAUCAGCGCCGUUUGUGCUCCGAGUGGAACAGCUCACUGACACCACACAGGAAGGAAGCGUAUGGAUCUAUUAUCUGGAGAUCGCGUUGCCAUCGGCAGGCCGCGAUCAUGGGACCCAUAUUUGCUGGAAUGUGACGUCCCACACCGACAAGAAUGGGCUGCAGUCCUGGAGAACGACGGCACACCUGAGCAACCUGCAGAGACUCUGGCUCCCUGAGAAGGGCAUCGAGCUUUUUCAGAGUCUAGUCUCUGAGGUUCAGAAGCGAUGGAGCUCCAUUGUCAGGAACACCAUCAACAACAUCAACGGCCAGCGACGCGGUGAGGUUUUGGAGGCAAACGGCAGCGAUCCGAACCUCUUGGGCACGUUGCUGAAAGACGCAUUGAGACCCGUCCACUAUCGACGCCGGUUGCAGACUACCGUUACCGAGGCGCAGAAGUUUGCGACUGAUUACUGCAACCGCCAUGACGAGGUUGCCGACCUUGACGGGCUUCUGAAGCAGAUUGAAGCAUUCUCUGAUGAUGUUGGUAACUACAUCAGUCAACUAGAUCAAAUUACAAGGGAUCUCAUCCAAAUGGAGUUCAACCUGGUUUCCAUCAAUGAGGCCCGACAGUCUGUGAAAAUGGCGGCGAGCUUGAAGAGAUUGAGUUGGAUUACGACAUCCUUUGGGAUGAACAUUGAUAUCCUUUCUGAUGAUCCCCCCUGGUAUUGGUAUCUUCCAUUUGCCGGAGUCACCAUACUUCUCACUUCGGCGGUGUGGCUUCUCUUCAAGUACAGCAGGUUGGAAGAUAUGAUCGAGAGGUCGAUGGGUAGAGUACUGUCACGGAAACAAGCUGAUAGCGAUGGACGGCCAAUGUUUCAUUUUUGA